AUGACACCAGCCGAUGCAGAUUUCCAGCAGUUGUGGAAGAGCAAAUAUUCCAAGCUGAUUUUCAGAAAAUCUGAUGCAGUACCUGAGGAGCUCCAUCAAAUGGUACAAGAAGGCUUUCUGGCCUUGCGAAAACACAAUUGUUUCUUUCAAGAUCUUGUAAGGAUCAAGGGAAAAGAUUUUGUUACCCCAGUGUCUCGUAUAUUAAUUGGAAACCCAGGAUGCACUUACAAGUACUUGAACACAAGAUUAUUUACAGUUCCCUGGCCUACUGAAGGUUAUGACAUAAAAUACUGCAGUCCUCAAAUACAUGAUGCUUGUAAAGCAUUAAUUAAACUUAAUGACUACUUGCAUGUUGAAGCAGUCAAUGCAUUGCAAGGACAGAAUUUGUUUCAGACUGAAGAAAUGAAAGAUACUACUGUAAUAGAUAGGGAGCAAAAUUUUGCUACUUCUCUUACGGAGAAAGAGUCUGUUUCAAAAGAUCAAAGCAGUUGUGGUGUACCAGAGGAUGACUACAUAAGUCUAAAGAACAGAACAUCUUAUAAUGUGACUUUAUUAAAUUAUAUGGAUCCACUACAAAUGCUGUACUUGAAACAAGAACCUUAUUUUGGAAUGGGGAACAUGGCAGUGAGUUGGCACCAUGACGAGAAUCUGGUUGAAAGGUCAACUGUUGCUGUGUACAAUUACAGCUGUGAAGGUUCAAUCGCAGAUGAAAGUAAGGAACAAAAUGUGAAGGGAAGAGACCCAGCUGUUUGGCAUGUAGGCUUGAAGGUAGCAUGGGACAUAGAAACACCUGGAUUAGCAAUACCGCUUCACCAAGGAGACGUCUACUUGAUGCUUGAUGAUCUCAAUGUAACACAUCAGCAUUGUGUUCUCGCUGGUUAUUCACCUCGAUUCAGCUCAACUCACAGAGUGGCAGAUUGUUCAAGAGGAACAUUGGAAUAUAUAUUUGGACAAUGCAAAUUGGCACUCCAGAAUUUACAAACUGGUUCUGAUUCAACAGCUUUAUCUUUGAAAUCACUGGAACCUGCAGUUGUGAAGCAAGUAGAAGAAAUACAUAAUGAGGUUGAAUUUGAGUGGCUUAGGCAGUUCUGGUUUCAAGGCAAGCGGUAUUUGAAGUGCACUGAUUGGUGGCUUAAGCCUAUAGCUAAAUUGGAAGAAUUUUGGAGAAAAAUGGAGAUUAUGACGAGCCUGGUCCUCUCUGAAGUUGGAAAAAAAGAACAAAUUGAGAAACAAAGAAAGGAAACUAUCAGCAGCAUCUUGCUAGUUCUUACUGAGCGACAAAAGCUGCGCAAGGAGUGGGCACUAAGAUGUCAGUCAGAAGCAGCAGAGAACCUACCAGAAGACCAGAAACCAGAAUGUCAUCCCUUCUGGAGAGAUGAUGGAUCAUUAAAUAACCCAUUUUCAUUUUGGAUGAGCUGA